ACCUGUAGAAACCAUUAGAAACCAUGAGGACCGCCGCAGUGAUUAUCCUGACCCUUUUCGUGGCCAGCGGAUGGGCGCAGCCGCUGGAGUUCCCCGGCCAGCUGCCCGCCCAGCUGGACGCCGAGGUGCACAGCGUGGUGGAGGAGAUCACCGAGAUUGGCAAGUCCACCGGCCUGGCCCUGGUGCAGCAGUACGAUGAGAUCGUGCGGGAGCCGCAGCAGGAGCUGGAGGAGGCCCUGGACCAGGUGGAGUCGCGUCGCCAGGAGAGUCCCGAGUGCGUCGCCGCCGAGGAUGAGGAGAUCGCCCGCAUCGUGGACGCCGCCCACGAGGAACUGCACUCCUGCGGCGUCGUUGCCGCCCAGACAUCCGCUGAAAUCGCCACCGACGUGAGCGCCGCCACCCAACAGCUGGUCUACGGGGGCUACAACGUGGCCACCACCUACAACAAGUGCCAGAACUACAAGAACUCUGUGCUCAAGCAGUCCUGCAUGGCCAAGUUCUACAUUCAGGCCACCGUCUACCUGGUCAGUGCCCGGUCCUCCAUCAAGACCAUUCGCCAGUCCACCAGCGAGCGUAUCCCCGCCGUCUUCGUCGACGGCAACGCGUGCACCCACUCCGCUUCCUCGCAGGCGGUGCUCGGCCUCCAGGAGGUCAACGCCCACAUCGACGCCUGCGUCUCCCGACGCCGCUAGGUCAGGCAACAAGUCAUCUGAUUGAAAUCAAAAAGAACAAAUAAAAAUUAUAAAUAUUCCAUGCAACAAUUAA